GGCAUGCGGGAUCUUGGUUCCCCAACCAGGGAUCGAACCCGCGCCCCCAGCGGUGGAAGCACAGAGUCUUAACCACUGGACGGCCAGGGAAGUCCCCUGGGCUACUUUUGGAUUUGAGUCAGUCCCAUAGUAUAAACAACCCACUUACCUGUAGCAGAAAUGUUGAGUCUCCUCUACCCUGACUAGAUGACCAAAGAGGUGUCUUUGGUUUCUGUGUGUCUGUGACCUUUCAGCGUGGUCCCUAGGUAGGCCAUCACCUAGCUCUGCUGCCUCUCUCUCGUUUUGAUGCUAGUAACUGGGUCUGGGAAGUGACUCAUCAAGCUCCAUCUUGCUGUGAACCCUGUUGUCCUGAUCCUAAGGCAGGGAUUGCUACAGUAGCAAUGGUUAACAAAAGCUCCUUGCCGAAACUGUGUUUUGAACACCGCCAAAUAAGGAAGAGCAUGGCGAUCAAAUGGACAUAAUGGGAAAUAAGGAAGUACUGGGGCGAGAACAGGGUGGCGGUGGCCCACUGAAGGUCGGAAGGAGCCCGGAGCAAGUAAACGAUAUUGUGAAAAAUGAAAAAAUGCAAGUAAAUAAAAGAGGAAAGGUGAUAUUACCACUGGAAGAUCUCCAUCCUUUGUCAGGGCAGAGCCAGAUGGCCGUGUCCCAGCCAAUCACUGGGCUAAGGAGGAGUGUGCUGUUGCAGGGAACGUUGACCUUCAGGGACGUGACUGUGGACUUCACCCUGGAGGAGUGGCAGCAGCUGGACGCCACUCAGAGGAACCUCUGCAGGGAUGUCAUGCUGGAGAACUCCAGCCACCUGGUCUCCGUGGGAUUCCUCGUGGCCCAACCAGGUAGGAUCGCCAGGUUGGGACAAGGAGAAGAGGAGGCCGAGAUGGCAGCUGGAGAAAGCCCAACACGGAGGUGUCCAGAUAUAUACCCGGGAGUGGAAUUACUGGAUCAUAUGGUAGUUUCUAUUUUUGACUUUUUGAGGAACCUCCAUAGUGUCUUCCAUAGUAGCUGCACCAGUUUGCAUUCCCGCCAACAGAGUACGAGGGUCCCCUUUUCUUCACAUCCUCACCAACGUUUGUUAUUUGUGUUCUUUUUGAUGGUAGCCAUUCUGACAGAAUUCUGGCAAGUUGGUGACCCAAUAGAUAAUCACAAGGAAAGCCAAGACAAACCUCUGUGGCAGGCUGCAUCUGUUGAUAAGGAAACACUGAAGGAUGAAAGUAGACAAGAAUUCAGAACAUACAGAAAAAUCAUUUAUCCAAGCACAAACUUUGUUUCUAUAAGACAAAGACUCCCUAAAUAUGAUUCAUGGGGAAAGUGUUCAAAACAUAAUUUAAAUUUUCUUAGUCAAAGUAGAAGAUAUGUAAGAAAGAAAGAUGAUGAAUGUAAGGCAUAUUGGAAAUUAUGCUUCCAUUCUAAUCUUGAUAAAGCUCAACCUGGAGAGAAAUUCUUUGAGCCUAAUGAACAUGGAAAAGCCCUCCACCAUAAGCAAGCCCUUAAUAAAAGUCCAAGAAUUCAAACCGGGGAGAAAUUCUAUAAAUGUUCUGAAUGUGGAAAAGUGUUUAUCCAGAAAGCAAUCCUUGUUGUACAUCAGAGAACUCACACCGGAGAGAAACCUUAUGAAUGCUGUGAAUGUGCAAAAACCUUCAGCCAGAAGUCAACCCUCAUUGCACACCAGAGAACUCAUACAGGGGAGAAGCCGUAUGAAUGCAGUGAAUGUGGGAAAACAUUUAUCCAGAAGUCAACUCUGAUUAAACAUCAGCGAACUCAUACAGGAGAGAAACCAUUUGUAUGUGGUGAAUGUGCAAAAGCUUUUAAGAGUUCAUAUCACCUUAUUAGACAUGAAAAAACACACAUUAGACAAGCAUUUUAUGAAGAUAUCAAAUGUGGUAAGUCUAGCCUUACACAUCAAAGGACUCAUACAGGUGAGAAAACUGAGUGCAAUAAACAUGGGAAAGCCUUUGAUGAGACGCCCACCCCCAUUAAACAUCAAAGAAUUCAUACAAAAGAGAAACCUUAUGAGUGCAGUAAAUGCGGAAAAGGCUUCAGGGGAAAGUCACACCUUUCUGUUCAUCAGAGAGUUCAUACAGGAGAGAAAUCCUAUGAAUGCAGCAUAUGUGGGAAGACUUAUAGUGGAAAAUCACACCUCUCUGUCCAUCAUAGAACUCAUACAGGAGAGAAACCUUAUGAAUGCAGAAGAUGUGGGAAAGCAUUUGGUGAGAAGUCAACCCUUAUUGUACAUCAGAGAACUCAUACAGGAGAAAAACCCUACAAAUGCAAUGAAUGUGGGAAAGCCUUCAGUGAAAAGUCACCACUGACUAAACAUCAGAGAAUUCAUACAGGAGAGAGACCCUAUGAAUGCAGUGACUGUAGGAAAGCAUUCAGUAGGAAGUCAACUCUCAUUAAACAUCAGAGAAUUCAUACAGGAGAAAAACCCUAUGAAUGCAGUGAAUGUGGCAAAGCCUUCAGUGUGAAAUCAACUCUCAUUGUACAUCACAGAACUCAUACAGGAGAGAAACCUUAUGAAUGCAGAGAAUGUGGCAAAGCCUUCAGUGGGAAGUCAACUCUCAUUAAACAUCAGAAAAGUCAUACAGGAGAGAAAACCUAUUAAUAUACUUUAGUGUGAGAUAAUUUCACUAGUUACACCUCAUUAUAUUAUAUAUCAAUUCAUCCUGGUGAGUAACCUUAUAAUUAUCAAAAAAUGUCAAAAACUCUUCAUAUAUUAUUUAAUGUUCAUUUAACUUAAAGGCACAAAAGUAUAAUUCCAGAAGCAUAUAAUAAAUGUGAUCAAUUUUUCACCCAGAAUUCUUACACAAGUGGAGAACUGUAUACCAGAGAAUUCAAAAGUGGCAAAACUGUGAAUAUAUUGAUGUGGAAAAGAUUUUAGAAAGAAUUUAAAUGUCCUUGCCUAUCAGAGUAUUUAUGCUGAGGAAAAACAAAGAAUUUAAUGAGUUUAGAAAACUGUGUUAGAAAUUAUGAGAGAAAUAUGUUCCAUAGUCUAUACCACACAUUUUGUGUGAAAGGUGCAGAGGUUGCAAACAAGCACUCAAUCAUUAAGAUAUGUUCACUGUGGAGUAGAGGAUGACAUUUUUGAAAGAAAAAUAUAAAGCAAAAAUUAUUAAUCCUAGCUAGGGCAAACUCCCAGUUUACUUCUUAAACAAAAUAGAAAAAUUGCUUCCUUAAGUGGUGUGACGGAGGAUGAGUCAUAAUGAUCCCUGAAACAAAGGAGCUCAAACAGGAGAUCUUACACAUAUUCAUCAACACUUUCAGUGCAGAAAUGCAAACCCCUUACAGAAAAGGCAUAUAUUAAGCUUUGACACACCUCACUUAGGAACAGUGCUUAUAACUUAAUAUUUAACGGUAAUCAUUUUAUGGUUACAUUUAUGCCUCAUUUUAUUAGUCAAUAAAAGGUCUUUAAUUUUCAGCUUAUCUCCCUCAACAUAAUACUAUUUAAAACAGA